AGCACCCUCUUUAUCCACACAUCCACACGGCACAGAUAUCUCCACAGCCUCCUGUAGAUGAGCACACAGUCAUGACAGGCAGUACCCUACUGCAAACUGGGCAUGCUCCAGUCAAAAGGGCCAAACUAACAGAUGACCAUGUCCUGACCAGAGUACUGAUGACCCAUAAAGCCAUCAUGAAGAGGAGGUUUGAGAGCAUAUGUGAAGGCAUCAUAAGGUCAGGGACUCAAACACUCCUGAACAAGAUCUACACAGAACUCUACAUCACAGAGGGAGAGAGUGAAGGGGUGAAUAAUGAGCAUGAGGUUUGGCAGGUAGAGUCAGCAUCCAGGCCACAAACCACAGAAGACACAGCAAUCAACUGUAAUGACAUCUUCAAGCUCUUACCUGGACAAAAAAGACACAUCAAAACUGUGAUGACCAAGGGGAUUGCUGGCAUUGGGAAAACCGUCUCAGUGCAGAAGUUUAUCCUUGACUGGGCAGAGGAGAGAGCUAACCAGGAUGUAGAUUUCAUGUUUGUGCUUCCAUUCCGUGAGCUGAAUUUGGUCAAACAUGAUCAGUACAGUCUUCACCGGCUCGUGCUUGACUUCCACCCUGAGCUUACAGAGCUAAAGAAUGGUGAAUACAAAGACUAUAACAUUGUGUUCAUCUUUGAUGGUCUAGAUGAGAGUCGACUUCCACUGAAUUUCCAAGACAAGCAGAAGUUGUCUGAUGUGACACAAACAUCAUCAGUGGAUGUGCUGAUGACGAGUCUCAUUCAGGGAACACUGCUUCCCUCUGCUCUCAUCUGGAUAACCUCCCGACCAGCAGCAACCAGUCAGAUCCCUUCUCAGUGCAUCAGUCUGGUGACAGAAGUACGAGGGUUUAAUGACCCACAGAAGGAAGAGUACUUCAGGAAGAGGAUCAGUGACCAGAAUCAAGCCAACAAAAUCGUCUCACACAUUACAGCAACCAGGAGUCUCCACAUCAUGUGCCACAUGCCAGUCUUCUGUUGGAUCUCAGCCACUGUCCUUCAGCAGAUACUGGAACAGGAUGAUGGGAAGGAAGCCCCCAAAACACUGACUGAAAUGUUCACACACUUCCUGCUCAUCCAGACCACCAGGAAGAACCAGAAGUAUCAAGAGGAAAAUGAGACAGAUAGACAGAGGCUCCUGGAUUCACACAAGGGUGUCAUAUUGAAACUGGCAGAGCUGGCUUUCAAGCAUCUGGAGAACGGCAAUCUCAUGUUCUAUGAGGAAGACCUGAGAGAGUGUGGCAUUGAUGUCAGUGAAGCCUCAGUGUACUCUGGCAUGUGCACUGAGAUCUUCAGGGAGGAAUGUGUGUUUCAACACAAGAAGGUCUACUGCUUUGUCCAUCUCAGCAUCCAAGAGUUUCUUGCUGCACUUCAUUUGUUUGCCUCCUUCUUGAAUAAGAACAUGGAGGUCCUGAAACCAUUUAUUAGCAGGAAGUCUUUGCCAGAUGUGCCUCUCGAUGACCUGCUGAAGAAAGCAGUGAACAAAGCUUUGGAAAGCAAGAAUGGACACCUUGAUUUGUUUGUUCGCUUCCUUCAUGGCAUUUCUCUGGAGUCAAAUCAGAGACUUUUGCUUGGCCUCCUGACACACACACACAGCAGCCCAGAGAGUGUGAAGAAAACAAUCAAGAACCUGAAGAUAAUGCAGAGACCAAAUAUCUCCCCCGAGAGGUGCAUCAAUCUGUUCCACUGCCUGGUGGAAAUGCAUGACUCUUCUGUUCAUGAUGAAAUCCAGGCUUUCCUGAAGGCAGAGAAAGGUGCCGUGAAACAGCUCACACUGGCUCACUGCUCAGCCUUGGCUCAUGUGCUUCUGAUGUCUGAUGAGGUGCUGGAUGAGUUUGACCUGAACAAAUACAAAACCUCUCCAGAAGGUCGCAGGAGACUGGUUCCAGCCGUGAGAUGCUGCAGAAAGGCUCUGUGA